ACUGAAAAUUUAAUUAGCAUGUUCCAAAAAUACCCGUGAUCUUUGAAAAAAUGGGUAAUAUACUACAAGCUAUAGCUAGCAAUUUCUUUCAUGGCCGAAGGGAUAUGCACAUGCAGUACUUCUCAAGGCCAUCCCUCUUGCUCAAACAAAAACCAAUAUGAAUCAAUUUUGCCAAAUUAUGUUUCGAUUCAAUCCCAGACGAAAGAUUCAACGCCACAUUUCAAUCAUUAGACGAUGCAUUCUCCGUAUAUGGGAUCACGUUCUCAUUUGUUCAUUAGGGAAGCCUGUUCGCUAUCGCCGCAUGCUGUCACACCGGUCUCUAGCUACCGACGAGACAAUGCCGAGCGCAACACCACCACCGAUAUGUCAUAACCAUCACGAUAAUGAUUCAGACUUGGUAGCUUUAAAGAUUAGCCUCUUAGGUGAUUGUCAGAUUGGAAAGACAAGUUUUCUGGCAAAGUAUGUGGGAAAUGAGAAAGAUGAGGGAGUGAAGCAUAACAACGGUUUGAAAUUGAUGAAAAAAACAUUGAUGGUUAAGGAUGCACGUAUUUCUUAUAGUCUCUGGGAACUAGACGGCGAUGAAGGAUUGGAGCAGCAAAUUCCGGUGGCUUGCAAGGGAUCUGUGGCUAUUUUGAUCAUGUUUGAUCUAACUAGUCGGGUCACUUUAAACAGUGUUAUAAGGUGGUACCAAGAAGCAAGGAGAUGGAAUCAGACCGCAGUUCCUGUUAUAAUAGGAACCAAGUUUGAUGAUUUUAUCCAGCUCCCGAUAGAUCUACAAUGGACAAUUGCAAGCCAGGCAAGAGCAUAUGCCAAGGUUCUAAAUGCAACUCUCUUCUUUUCAAGUGCGACCUAUAACAUCAAUGUGAAUAAGAUUUUCAAAUUCAUCACAGCAAAGCUCUUUGACCUGCCCUGGACCUUGGAGCGCAAUCUCACCAUUGGAGAACCUAUUAUUGAUUUCUAAAAGUUAUAUUUAGCACGUAGCAAAGCCCCUUUUAUAUAUAUAUAAAACACCCUUACAUCCCAUGAAAGUAAUCGAAGUCAACUGGUCGCUUGCGAAAUUAUUGUUCCCAGUGAUUUCUGGAGUUAUCUGGAUCUCCUCCUCCUUCUCCUCCUCCUUCUUCUAGUCUUGCUAGCUAGCUAUAGAAAGCAAAUCUAUUUUUGCUUCUUUUCUAAUAAAGGAAUUGGGUAAUUAAUAUAUGAUUUUGAAGUGAAUAUAGUGUUUAA